CUGCGCGGACACUUGGCGAUCGCCCACACCCGAUACUCGACGACCGGAUCUAAUCGCCGCCAGAACGCACAACCCUUGUUGGCUUACGGCCCGCGAGGCGCGAUUGCACUGGGGCACAAUGGCAACGUGAUCAACGCGUUGCCGCUGCGCGAAUACUGUCGAGAGCAGUACAACAGCGUUUUCACAGGCACCUCCGACAGCGAGGUGAUCGCCGAGUUGUUCGCGAAGACGCCAGGCGACAAUUGGUUCGAAGUAUCGGAUCAGGUUAUGUCGAUGUUGAGUGGGGCGUAUUCCCUGAUCAUGAUGACGAAGCACGAGUUGAUUGCGGUCCGUGAUCCCCUCGGUGUUCGUCCGUUGUGUUUGGGGCGGUUAGACGGUGGUUGGGUAUUCGCGUCCGAAUCGGCAGCUCUGGAUAAUUUGGGAGCUGAAUUUGAGCGAGAGUUAGAGCCCGGCGAAGUCAUUGUUGUCAAUCGCGAGGGCAUCGAGAACUGGGUGUGGCCUAAAGCGUCGGUUUCUCACAAGAUGUGCAUAUUCGAGCAGAUCUACUUUGCUCGACCAGACAGCAUUCUUGAUGGCAGCCUGGCGUACGAAAAUCGGAUGCGGAUGGGCGCGAUCGCGUACAAGGAGAACCCGGUUGAAGCAGACCUGGUCAUCGGAAUUCCCGAUUCUUCUACGCCGCACGCGGCAGGGUACGCAGCAGCAGCAAAUAUCCCCUACUCGGAGGGAUUGGUAAAAAACCGAUAUGUCGGACGGACUUUCAUCCAGCCGGACCAAUAUAUGCGCGAAUUGGCGUCCGGACUAAGUUCAAUGCGAUGA